AUGGCUCUCAAUACUUGCUACCAAGACACUGCGACCCUCGCGACGUCCUCUGUCUCCGACAACGGUAACUACAUAGGGACUGAGAGCUGCUUUGACGCUUUCUCUGACAAGACAGAUGAUGUCCGGUUUCCCUGUGAGAGCAGAGAGGAGAAAAAGGUGGUGACGCCUGAGAUACACCCGUCUCCGAUAUUGCCGUGGAACGUUCCAUCGGUGCUGAAGCGAGAGUACACGAGUGAUGGUCGGCUGUUAUUAAAGGAAGAGAAAAUGCGUGGUCACGAGUAUCUUCGAGCUCACAGAUCCAAUGGUUGUCUCAUUCUCCAACUAGUCUCUCUUGAUGAUGCUGAUAAUCGUGAUUCAGAUGUCAAGGAUGGUGACGAGUGA